AUCCAGCCCACUGCCCAAAAUGCCAGCUAUCCCACUCCCUCUUGCUUUGAUCCAACUCUGGAUCGCCGAUCCAGCGCUGCCAUGGUCCAAUCCGGUAUGGCAGUCUCUAACACACGUUCUUGGCGACCCUUGGACGUAUGACCAUGGUGGAGGUGUGACUGCUGCAGUAACCCAUGUCGCUGAAUGGACAGUGGGCAAGGCUCAGGCAGUCGAAGCCUUCAUGAACAAUUGUAAGACGGCUGAGGAUCCUGCGGAACACUAUGCAUUGAAAUGGAAGGACAAUGACCAUGAAGGUCGUUCCUCUUGGAACGCCUGGGUUAAAGCAUCAUGGGCCAAAUGGAAGAUCAAUAAACUGGUCGACCAUAUCUUGCAAGAAAGCGGUUGCGAGCCACACGAUGUCAUGGCAAGGAUGAACUGCAAGACCGCGGAUGAUUUCCCGACGAUGGAAGCUGCACAGGUGAAGCAGGCGGUUGCUAUCAAAUUGGCGGAUGCAUUGUUCGGUGACGAUGCAUUCAUUGACGGAUCCUUCGUUAUGCCAACCAUCAUGACGUUUAUCACCAUGGUGUUGGUAUUGACGUGGAGCAGAUAUCGGAAGGUUAUCAAAAGGCAGGCCAACAGUAUCGAGAAGAAGGCUCGAGAAGCUGAAGAGCAAUGGCAAGCCCUCACAGCCGCAAAUUCAAAACCUACCUUGGUCAGGAUCCGCACCUACCUGAAGAAACUGGAAUCAUUGGUUACAAUUCUCAGUGCAUUCAAGGACCAGGAAACGGCCGAGAAACUCAAUGCGCGUCGUGAACAAGUCAGUGCCAUGCUGGCCGCUGCCAAGAAAGAUCCCAUAAAGGCAGAAUCCAUAGGACGGUUGCCUAAAUCUCUUCGGGAGGCGCUUGACAAACUGGCCACCGAAGAGGAGGUCAAGGAGCUCGAACUUUUGAUUGAAACCACACUGGCUGCGAUGGUACCCCUUGAAGGUGAUGAGGUGGUGAUAGACUUCAAGGAUAAUAUUGAUGUGAGCGACUGGAAGAGUGGCGUAGAGGAAUACGACAAGUGCAGCCAGGAUGACCUCUGGGAGCAGCUGGGCUUGUCAGAGAAGAGACUCCCCUUUUUCCAGACACGAUCUGAUCCUGACGCCGCCAUUGACCCUUGGAGCGAAGAAGGUCAGCUAUGGCUUGAUAAUCCGACGAGUCCGGCUCAGAUCCUGUCGCCUCGGUGGCACCAGCUAGUCGGCAUUUUGCGGUUGAUUGACAGGGUAUUGGAAGGUGAACCGGUGAUGUUGAUGGAUGGCGUUGGCGUUGGAAAAACCAUGCAAGCUGUCGGGUUGAUCGCAUGCCUGGCGCACUACAGGGAACAUUACAGGAAACACGGAAAGUUCCCUGGCAAAUUUGCUCAACGGGCCUACAAGAAGACCGGGGGCAACAUCCCAGAUUUGCCUGCCGUGAUCAUGAGUCCUCCCAACUUGCAACAUCAAUGGAUGAGUGAAAUACAACGGUAUCUAAGGCGAGCGACGUUCGACGUUCUUCCCUACACGGGCAAAUAUACAGCACGGUCACAGUGGUGGACGAUAGCUUGGUCCAAAUGCCAGCAACCUCCAAUAAGACGCAUCAUCCUGACUACGACAAAUGCGGCGCACGACGAUGCAGCCACCGUUUUCAUCGAAGGCGAUAGGGACAGCUACGGGCAGCCGAUGGCUAGCCCUCGCUUUGAACGGACAAGUCCUAAUACCCUAUUCGGUCGAGAAUACAAUGUAACGUUCUUCGACGAAGCUCACUGUGCCCGCAAAUACAACAAAGUUCACGUCGCAGCUCGAGGACUUCAAGAAAGGUCUCACUCAAUGGUUGCCAUGACCGCGACGCCGGUCACCACAAAACCCUCGGACCUUUGGAUUAUGGGUCAGCUGCUUGGCCUUCAGCGAUUCAAGGAUACAACACAGCUCAAGGCUAUGAACCGAGAAUUAGCAGCGGCCCAGCGGAGAGAUCGCAAAGCGCAGAGAGAGGCGGGAGUUGAGGGAUCGAUACUGCGAGCUGUCUUUGUGGGCAAUUACAAUCCCGAGGCUGCCGAAGAAGAAUACCUACCCGCAAUGAAACAAUGGAUGGGUCGGAUGCGAGAGUGGUUCUCCCCUUCCAUUAUCCUUCGUACCCUGGACUCCACUGACAACACAGGUAAAAAGAUCCUGGGCCUCCCUCCAUAUCAUGACCAUAGCUUGAAAAUAAAGCUGCUUGAUUGGGAGAUGGACAAUCUGAGGCGUAUUGCACGGGGAUAUCUGGAUGACUGUCCCAUUGUGGGGAUGAGCAAGAAUUUCUAUGUUGAAUUUCGACGGUCCGUUCUUCAUCCGCAUAUGAACCCAACUGAGGAACGGUCGUGGACAAAACCGAAAUCCCUGGAGGAAUGGCAUACCAGCCCUGAUACCAAAAGUAUGAAGUUGGACGUUCUGGCUAAACUUCUUAAGUACCAUCUGGAAUCUGACGGUCGCCAGCCAUUGAUGAUGGAUGAGAGCGGUCGCAACCUGGUUCCUAACCCAGCAUUAACGGCUGGCAAUACCAACCCAGAUGAGCCGGAUCGGAUUGUAGUAUUUUCGGCUUUCGUCACUUCUAAUCAGGCCAUCGUGGAUAUUUUGGACCUUCAUGGGAUACAUGCGCUAGAACUUAAUGGCCAGACCCCUAUGAGGAAACGCAAGGGCAUUUUAGAUGAGUUUAGGUCAUCUGCACGGCCCAAAGGAGCGCGCAUCUUGAUUUUAUCAGGUGUAGGCAUGAUAGGGUUAAAUUUGGCCUGCGCUAAUAUAAUGAUAGUCAUGGAUACCCUUUGGUCAGAACAGGACGACCGACAGUUACGUGGGCGGAUCUACCGUCAUCCUCAGGCUAAAGAUGUGCACAUUUACCGAGCCAUUGCCCUGAAGACAGCAGAUGUCUUUCUCAAUAACAUCUCAUUCUCGAAGGGCGCGAUGCAUGAUGAAUUUGUCGGUGCUCCUAAGGAAUUCCGAGGCAUUUUUGAUGGUGAUGAUGACGCCAUGGGAGAUUUAAUCUCUGUUGGUCUAUCAGAUGACUCCGCUGACGAUAGCGACCCUAUGGACGUCGACCCCGAACCUGUCGGAAGGAAUAAAACUAGCAAAAAGAAGGUUCGUACCAAAGCCACCAUCAAGACCGCACUCCUUGCUAGACCAGCCACGAAGCGCAAGGGUAAGGGUAAGGGUAAGGGAAGUGAGGAAAUGUCCUUGACGGUCGACACAGAUGAUGAGUUUGAGGGCACCUCGCGCAAACGGCGCAAGGGUGUGCAGCCAUCACCGCCUGUCAUCAUAAGCGAGGAGGCGACUCGUACAACCAGCAAGGCUAUAGUACCGCUCCAGUUGGAGGGUGGAACUCAAUCACUCUCCCUACCGUCUGCACCCAAGGACAAGUCGGCAGUAAUAGAGUUCAGGGGCAAUCACGGCGAUUCAUCACUCUCUGAGUCACCUUCUCGCUCCCCUCAGCCUUCUUCUCCCAGUCUUCCUUCCCCUCCAUCUCCAGCUCCAUCCCCACGCACGCACCCGCACCAUCCAUCCACUGGUCGUAGUCCAACUCCCAAUGCUCAGUCAGAGCAGCUUGCGGGCGAGGACAACUCGACAGUAAUAGGGUUCAGGGGCGAUCACGGCGAUCCAUCACUCUCUAAGUCACCUUCUCGCUCCCCUCAGCGUUCUUCUCCCAGUCUUCCUUCCCCUCCAUCUCCAUCUCUAUCCCCACGCACGCACUCGCACCAUCCAUCUACUGGUCGUAGUAGUCCAACUCCCGAUGCUCAGUCAGAGCAGCUUGCGGGCGAGGACAACUCGACAGUAAUAGGGUUCAGGGGCGAUCACGGCGAUCCAUCACUCUCUGAGUCACCUUCUCGCUCCCCUCAGCGUUCUUCUCCCAGUCUUCCUUCCCCUCCAUCUCCAUCUCCAUCUCCAUCUCCAUCCCCACGCACGCACUCGCACCAUCCAUCCACUGGUCGUAGUAGUCCAACUCCCGAUGCUCAGUCAGAGCAGCUUGCGGGCGAGGACAACUCGACAGUAAUAGGGUUCAGGGGCGAUCACGGCGAUCCAUCACUCUCUGAGUCACCUUCUCGCUCCCCUCAGCGUUCUUCUCCCAGUCUUCCUUCCCCUCCAUCUCCAUCUCUAUCCCCACGCACGCACUCGCACCAUCCAUCCACUGGUCGUAGUCCAACUCUCGAUGCUCAGUUAGAGCAGCUUGCGGGCGUCCAGGGUGGCCGCUUGCGCUGCAGUGCCGAGGAGGCAUCGACUGCUCCUGACUGUGCGAUGGACUGGAAUGAUAGCGGCAGCCACGAAUGGAAUGACGGCGGCGACCAUGACAGCCACUUGGCUGUGGAGCAUGAGGAGCAACGGCCCCCGCACGUUCACCGCACCUCAUCGUUUUAUGACACCUUCACCAAGAGAAAUUCGGGUCUGAUGUCCUCUUCCGCAAAGGCGACGGUUAGCAGAGACCUGGGCAAAUCUGACACACCUCGACCUCGACCCCGCCCUCGCCCCGUGAAGUUCAACCCUGUCCCAUUCGGCUCGGGUCCUGUCCAUUCUGCCAGAUUCUCCUCCAACGACCGCAUACAACGGCAGCGGUCUUACAAAUAG